UUACAAUCAGAAGACAGCAUGUAUCUUUAAUAUGAUGUAGCCUUGAAGUUGCAAGUUGUAGGACUCGGAGCAGCAGCAGGCAAUCCACAUGCCAGAAUGCAGGCCAAGACGGCCAAGUAUGCAAUCCAAUGAGGGAGCCAAUGCAAUACCACCACUAUGGUUUAGUAUCAAGGGGCGGACUGCCUCCCGUAAUCUUAGCUGUCUUUUGCCGCGCAUGUUGUUUGCAGGCAGAACUCAGGUACAACUAGUCCAGCCAUAGCUCUAGAUCCGCACGUCCUGAUUAUUUCACUUCUGAGGGAAGCUGUGCAGUCUAGAAUAAGCUCCGGUAUGGCUGUUGACCUCGCGCCUCUUUACAACGCCCUAGGACGGGACUCAGCCGUCUCCCAGUACAAGUAUCUUCGUCCGAUUGCCGUGGCAUUAGGGUUUGCCGUGGCCCUCCUCUUCCUGUACACACUCCACACAGGUUCAGACCAAUUGGUGUUCAACAUAAGUAGAGGUGGCAAUGACGCUUCCGAGCUGCAGAUGUGCAAAGCAUGGUUCGAGGAGGAGGACCAGGCAAAUGCGCAUCUGCUGAUCGGCCGGGACUUUGAUGAAGAACCAGUGAACAUCUAUGAGGUCGGGCUGCCUGAGUGGUUUGUGGCGCCCAAGGAGGACUUGGACCGGUGCGACAUUAAGUGCAGGCCCAUACCCUAUCACGUCCCCGAGGCCGCUUCCAUAACCCAGUGGGACGCCAGCACCGACGAGUGGCCAAAAUCUCCGCAGGACAUCGACCACUCCCACGGUUUUGCGGUCAUCCGAAAUGUCGAGCCCCCAAUCGAUUACCCGGGCCUCGCGAUCGACGCGGCGCACAGGGCCGGGUACGACAUCGUGAUGACGUCAGAGCUCGCGUCCGACGUGCCGAUACCGUAUGUUGGCGCUUACGUGACCAACUACUUUGCGCCGGGGCUGCCGUUCGAAGAGAAGCAAAAGGCGGCUAUGGCGGUGAUUAGCAACUGCGGGGCAAAGAGUUUCCGGCUAAAGGCGGUCAAAAAGAUGCAGGAGCUGGGGAUACAGGUGGAUUCGUAUGGGUGGUGCGAGCGUAACAAGGAGUUCCCAGAACCCGACAACCAGGAGCGCAAUGAAGCCGGGCAGUGGGACCGCUAUCGGCAGAAGAUCGCAGUUGCACGCACGUACCUCUUCUACCUCGCGUUCGAGAACAGCCAUUGGCCGGACUACGUCACCGAGAAGUUCUACCACGUGUUGCAAGCGGGGUCGGUGCCGAUCGUCAUCGGCGCACCAAACAUCUUUGAGUUUGCGCCGGCGCCGAACUCGUUCCUGGAGCUACGGACGAUAGAGGACGUGCCGAGGUUGGUCGAGAGAAUGAAGUACCUGAUGGAGAAUCGGUCCGCGUACGAGGAAAUGCUGGAGUGGCGGCGCCACGAGGCUUCCGACAACUUCAAAGCGAUGAACGAUGUUCGUGGCGUCCACGCCACCUGUCGCCUCUGCAUCCAUAUCGCCACGAAACUCCAGGCACUAACGGAUAACAAAACGCGCGCCCUCGUUGCUGCUUCAACCCACGACCCGGGUGACGGUUCCCUUACAGACCCCAACCCGGGUGACGGUUCCGUUACAGCCCCCGGUAUCAAUACCCGUGACAAGAUUAGCGAAGGACGUUUGAGCACGAGAGUGCCCGUGUACCCCUGCACUUGUCGGCCGGCGGCGAUCGGGGCCCCGUCACGGUUCCCGUUCCUAGCUAGUCUCGCCGGCGCAAGCCGCGAAGUACACCGAGUGUAUGUCAGGGAAAGUGGACGAUUCCGAUACCGCCCGGUGCUUUUAGACGGGAGGGAUCUAAGCGUUUGGGCACUCCAUGCGGCGGUACUCCAGGCGUUUCAAAAGGAGGAUUACGAGCCGAGUUGGGUUGAGAGGAGGAAGGAGGUCGGUUUAUAUUGGACCACCUGGAAGGUGCAUAGGAUUUACCCUAGUGGGAUGACAUUACGGGAGUCCAUGGGGAACGGAUCGUUUGUGGCGGAUAGCCAAUUUCAAGAGUAUCUACGAGAACACCCUUGUCCAAAGCUUGAGGUUGUGUUAGUAUGAGUUUGAUAUUUUUAGCGCAACAUCACUACGAAUCGCUUUAUGCUGAAUAUGCAUGAGUAUAAGGCGUUUGCAGGUACAGCCAACAUAGGGCAAUCACUUCUUGUUUCCUAUGCAGUAUGCACUGUGCAAAUGGCGA